AUGAAUGUAGAUCCCGAAAAACAAAGACAAUGGGAUUGGUCAAGACGUUAUAAUAUUAUAGAAGGUAUAGCCAGAGGGAUGCUUUAUGUUUAUGAAGAUUUCCAGCCAAGAAUAAUUCAUCGUGAUCUCAAAGCUAGCAAUAUUUUGUUAGACCGGAAGAUGAAUCCUAAAAUUUCAGAUUUUGGCACGGCAAAGAUUUUUGGUGUGGAUCAAUCUCAACGAAAUACAAGAACAAUAGCUAGGACAUUUGGUUACAUGCCUCCAGAAUACAUAAUGCAUGGAAAGUUUUCUGUGAAGUCAGAUGUGUUUAGUUUUGGUGUUUUAGUUCUAGAGAUUAUAAGUGGCAAGAAGAAUAGGUAUUUCCAUCAAUCAAGCUCUGCUGAGAGCCUUUCGAGUUAUGCUUGGAAACAAUGGAGAAAUGGGACACCAUUGGAAUUGAUGGAUUCAACAUUGAAGAACUCUUAUUCAAGAAAUGAAGUGGUCCGAUGCAUCCAUAUAGGCUUGUUGUGUGUUCAAGAAGAUAUGGUAGCGAGGCCCUCUAUGGCAUCUGUAAGUGUCAUGCUCAACAGUCUUUCUGUUAGUCUACCAUUGCCUCUAGAACCUGCAUUCUUUGUUCACAGCAGAACAGAGUACUUGAGCUCGCCAAAUGGAUUUAAGUCGAAUUAA